AUGGCUUCAUCAUCAACUCCUACUUGCCUCCUUCCUGACGACACUCAAGUAAAGACGAUAAUCAACGGACUACAGCAUAUAGAACUAGAGAAUCGUAGGCUGCGGGCCGUCAACGUCUCCUACAACUGUAUUCAACACAACGCGUCGCUGAUGAACGGGAUGAUUGAACGUCUGGUGGUGACCAUCACUCUGCCGAUCGGACAUCCGCAGCGUUGGAAUUUCGUCUGCCAGUCGGACGGCUCGUUUCAGGCGACCUGGUUGCGACAUGCUGACGGCACGACGUCGAGCAUCGACAUCGACGCGUUCAACUGCGGAACCUGCAGCUCAAACGGUUACUGUCGAGAGUCUAGUAAUAGACAAUCGUCUAUGGCCUUUAGUUUAGGCCAGUUGCUUGUUGCGUACUCGAGCUUCGACGGCAGCAUUCCAGACAAAAAACUAGAACGCAUAAUCAAAGGGGCGUGGUACCCUGUUAUGUCUCACUGCAUUUUGAGUUGCCAUGGAUCUGAUGCUUCUGAGUGCUGUAACUAUGUGUAUGAUGGAGAGUGUGUUGUACACUGCCCAGACAGAUAUGGGCCAGGUGUGAAUCGAACUUGUGAGUGUUCGGAUUACUGGAGAGGAGAAACCAAACUGUCUGUGUGUUCACGGCCCUGCAUUAAUGGCAUCCAAGACUCCAGUUGCACACAGUGUGUAUGCUUCGCUAACUAUCAAGGAAGCGAUUGCUCAGAAUGUGUACCAAACAGAAAGUGUUUAGAAAGGUGUUCACAAGAAGGCUACUUUGUACAUGAAGGAACUGGAAAUUGUUUUCCUUGUGGUCUCUACGCCUGCACAUCAUGCAACUACGAUACUUCAAAAACAACGGAUGAAUACAGGUGCACAAACUGCUCAGUUGGUGCAGUUCUAGACCCCGAGAACGAAGGCCACUGCAAAACAGUCCCAGAUCCAAAUGAAGAUAAAUCCAGUGGCACCAACAUCGGUCUCAUUGUUGGCUUAAUUAUAGCCGGUUUGGUUGUCCUGAUUUUGGUGAUAAUUAUUAGCUACAUCAUUUAUCAAAAAUUGAAUGGGAAAAAGCCGGCAGACUUCCCUCUCAGUUUUCAAGCUCACAAAGUCGCCCCAAACGUCGAUCAAGCAAUGUCUAACACAAACAAGACUGACAAUCCGUUGUACAAAUCACCCGAAGCGGUGGGAAUUGAAGGAGGAGGUAAGGCCGAAUCGGGUAAAGGGCAACAAGCUGUACGAAAUGAGGCGUCUCUAUAUGAUGAGUUGGACGCAUUACCAGGAAAUUCAGGGAAGAGUUCUGAAGCAAGUGGACAAGAGAAUAUGUACGACACAUUGAAAAACGUACAACAGUAGUAAUGACAUUAAUUCGAUAUAAAUGACUAUCUAGUCAGAAUGCCUGGUACAAAACAUUUAUUUGAAGUUGUAGAGAUGCUAUACUACAAUGUAACAUGCAUGGUGAUUGACUUUGUAUUUAAUUAAUUAGUAGCUAUAGAGUUUAGUGGAGAAAUGAUGGAGAGAUGACAGAGAUGUUAGUGUAAAUGACAAAUCAAAGAAAUAUUCAAA